GUUGGCGCUAUUUAACACGACAUCCGGAGCGCGCUUCAUUCCGCAAGCUGAAGCGCGACACCGCGGCCAUCAACCGGCGAGCGUGCACUCCGUGAGCCAUAGCUCCUCCGUCUCUCUUCCCAUGGGAAGCCUGCAUGAGAAGCCCGAGCAUGGCUUCGGCGGCCUGCUGAGCGGCUUGCGAGAGGCGUACCACAGCGGCAGGACCAAGGACCUCGCGUGGAGGCGGUCGCAGCUCAGGGGGCUCCUCAGGCUGCUGACGGAGAAGGAGGAGGAGAUCUUCGACGCGCUCCACGACGACCUCGGCAAGCACCGCGCUGAAUCUUACAGGGACGAGCUUGGGGCUCUCGUCAAGUCCGUCAACCACACGCUGAAAAACCUCGAGAGAUGGGCGGCUCCCGAGAAGGCUCAAGCGCCGUUGGUUUCUUUCCCGGCGACCGCGCUGGUGGUGCCAGAGCCUCUCGGCGUCGUGCUCGUAUUCUCCUGCUGGAAUUUGCCACUAGGUUUGGCUUUGGAGCCACUCUCUGGCGCACUAGCAGCUGGCAAUGUUGUAGUUGUAAAGCCCUCCGAGCUUGCUCCAUCCACCGCCGCAUUCCUUGCUGCCAAUAUACCAAGGUACCUUGAUCCUAAGGCUGUGAAGGUCGUCUUAGGUGGACCUGAAGUUGGAGAACAACUAAUGGAGCACAGAUGGGACAAAGUUCUUUUCACCGGAAGCGCCAAUGUAGGGCGUAUUAUUUUGACAAAAGCAGCAAAGCACUUGACCCCUGUCGCCCUUGAACUUGGGUCGAAAUGUCCGUGCAUUGUUGAUCAGCUCGAUAGUAAGAGGGAUAGGCAGAUUGCAGUGAAUCGAAUAGCGGGAGCGAAGUGGUCAGUUUGUGCCGGACAAGCUUGUGUUGCCAUCGACUACAUCUUGGUCGAGGAGAAAUUUGCUCCUAUUCUGAUUGAGCUACUGAAAUCGACGGUAAAAAGGUUUAUCGCUACACCAGAGUGCAUGGCCCGGAUAUUGAACGCAAAGCAUUUCCAGAGGUUAAGCAACUUUUUGGACGAUAAGAGGGUGGCAUGUUCAGUGGUGCACGGGGGAUCAGUGAACCAUAAGACAUUGACCAUUGAACCCACCAUAUUGUUAAAUCCGCCACUCGAUUCUGACAUCAUGACUGAGGAGAUAUUUGGCCCAUUGCUCCCUAUCAUCACGGUGAAGAAGAUCGAAGAUAGCAUUAAAUUUGUGACAUCGAUGCCGAAACCAUUGGCAAUCUAUGCUUUCACCAAAAACGAGAAACUAAAACAGCGAUUUAUAAAUGAAACGUCAUCCGGGAGCAUCACGUUAAACGACGCAAUUGUGCAGUAUGUAGUGGAAGGCCUCCCGUUCGGUGGCGUCGGGCAAAGCGGAUUCGGACAGUACCACGGCAAAUACAGCUUCGAGCUUUUCAGCAACAAAAAGGCGGUGUUCAAGAGAAGCUUCCUAAUCGAGUUCAUGUUCAGAUACCCGCCAUGGGAUGACAGUAAAAUCGGGAUGCUGAGACAUGUUUUCAACACGAACUACAUACUUCUACUCCUUGGACUGCUCGGCUUGAGGAGAUGAUGGAAGAAAAACCGGGAGAAAGAGGCCGGGCGAAAUAGCCAAGAGAAGCUACGCCAGAUGAACGAAAGCAUAUGGACUCAAACCACAUAAAUGCUAUAUACUUUUGUUCAUAAUAAAACUGGAUUAUCUAAGUGUGUAAACAGGUUCUGUUAAGUGUUGUGAUUCCUCAAAAGUUUGGCAAUAUAAUACAGUUCGGGAGAACACCCCUAGGUGUUUACCUGUGCCGGCGAAA